GUUGUGGGUGUGUCGUGAAGGUGGGUAACAGCUUCCUGAAACCUUCCUCCGGCCCGAAUUCCGGGGACCCAGGCUUGGAGCCCCCUAGGACCUGUCAUGCUGAGUUCUUGUUCUUAAGCCUCAGAACUUGGCUUCGGUGUUUGGGGCAGGCUCGGGUCUCGUUCACGAGCCGGUUUGCCCUGAGCUCUCGCGAGAGCCACGGGCUGAGCCGAGAGCGGACCAACAGCCGGUAUCUCCUCGGAGCUCCAGCCGGCCGCCGGAGCCUUCGUGCCGCGUAGUCGCGGUCGCGCCCGGGGGCGAGCCUGACGAUGGACGAGGACCUGGUUUUGGCACUGCGGCUUCAGGAGGAGUGGAACUUGAUCUCGGCGCGCGAACGGGCCCAGGAGCCCCUGUCACUGGUGGACGACUCCUGGGAGUUGGUGGAUCCCACCCCGGAUUUGCAGGCCCUGUUUGUGCAGUUCAACGACCGUUUCUUCUGGGGCCAGCUGGAGGCCGUGGAGGUGAAGUGGAGCAAGAGAAUGACCCUGUGUGCUGGGAUAUGCACCUACGAAGGGAAGGGGGGAAUGUGUUCCAUCCGUCUCAGUGAACCCCUUUUAAAGUUGAGACCAAGAAAGGAUCUCGUGGAGACCCUCUUGCAUGAAAUGAUACACGCCUAUUUAUUUGUCACUAAUAACGAUAAAGACCGGGAAGGGCAUGGUCCCGAGUUUUGUAAGCAUAUGCAUCGCAUCAAUCAGCUGACUGGAGCCAACAUAACGAUAUACCAUACGUUCCACGAUGAGGUGGAUGAGUACCGGCGACAUUGGUGGCGCUGCAAUGGGCCCUGUCAGUUCAGAAAACCCUUUUACGGCUACGUUAAGCGUGCAACCAACAGGGCCCCCUCUGCUAAUGACUAUUGGUGGGCUGAGCACCAGAACACCUGUGGAGGAACGUACAUAAAGAUCAAGGAACCAGAGAACUACUCAAAAAAAGGCAAAGGGAAGACUAAAGUAGCCGCAGCAGAGAAUAAAGAUAAACUUAACCGAAUUGUCCCAUUUAGUGGGAAAGGACAUGUUCUAGGGGAAAAAAACAGUUCGCCUUCACCUGGGAACUUUACCACUUCACGUGCUGUUAGUAAAACCCAAGAUCUUUUAAGUCAAGACCAUUCAACAAAUGCUGGAAGAGCAAAUUCUAAAACUGAGGUGAAACGUGAACAGAACGGUUCGAGGAAAAAACCUCUAGUCUCCCCAGCUCUGAACACUAGUCACCAAAAUGUUUUAAGCAACUACUUUCCUAGAGCAUCAGCUGCCAGUCAGAAGGCUUUCAGAAGUGUGAGUGGAUCUCCGACGAAAAGCACGGCCGGUGGUGACGCCGGCAAGAGCUCCGCCUCUGCUGGCUCCCAGAGAAGGACUUCGUCCUCCAAGAGUGCCCUGAGAAACUCUUUAAAGGCAGCCGACCCGGCAUCCGCCCCUGCCUCCGCGCUCGCGAGUGGGCCUGAGCACGAACUCCCAAGUAAACGCCAUAGGCAGGAAGACAAGGCUGUUUUUGACAGUUUCUUCCUCAAGAAAGAGAAAAUGCAAGGUGGCGGCGGUGAUCCAAAGUGCAGUUCAUGUCCUGCGGCUGCGAUGCCGAGCUCCAGCAGUUCAGCCAGCCAGAGCAAAUUGGUCAGUUGUCCUGUUUGCCAGAAGGGGGUUUUGGAGUCUCAGAUUAACGAGCAUUUAGAUUUGUGCCUUGAAGGUGACAGCCUCAAAGUCAAAAGAAGAAAAAAUCUUUGAAAAAAAAAAGUCUCACAUACCACCAGUGUUACCUCACCAGCAGAGGAACAGUCACUCAGGAAGUUCUAGUUAAUACUAAGACUUGUAGGUUAGAGUCUAGUCCAUGCAGCCAGUACAGAUGUUCUAUUUUCUAUAUGCAUAUGACACUGGAAUUUAAAGUAUUUGCCUAAAGGUGCUAUAUUUCUAUUCACUCUUGCCUUAUGUAUACUGUAGCCCAGUUUGUUUUGCAUGUUUUCAUGCAUAAUUUUCAGGUACUGUUCUUUCUUGCUCUUAAUCUGUUAAUCUUUUUAGUUGCAUACUUUCAGAAUACUUAGUGAGUUCAAUAUUUGGUUAAAUUGAGUAUUUAUUAAUAUUUAAACUCAUCCCCAGUACUAUUAAUAGUUAUAGUGUCAGUCAUAGUGACCAAAAACAACCUGGAGUACGAAGUAUGUUUGUUGUGUUACGGUACUCAAGGUAUUUAAAAAUUUUUUUAAAUCUUCUAAAUCUUAACAGAAAAUGCAUUUUAUAUAUUUUAAAGGAUUUUACUUGACUUUGGUGGCAGCAGAUUUUAGGUUAAAGUAGAUACAGUAAAACAUUUCUUUUGGAGUAUUACUGGUAACAAAUAGCCACUAUAAUUUUGUAUGCCAGAGUUUAGUUUCCUCAAAAUUUAGCAAAAUGAGUGGCUAAAACUUGGUGCUAAGUAACUAAUACAUAUAACAUAGCGGAGUUGCCUAGUUUAUGUAAUAGUGGAACAUUAUCUAAAAACGGUAUUAUGACCCUUUGAGCCAAAGUUGAAACCAUUAUAAUAAAGGGAAUACCGUUUGUUCACCGAAAACUUAUUAAAAAUCCUUUUUCAUGUUAUAGCGAAGGGACACACUUUAUCAGUUUACUUUUGUUUCGUGGCUGUGCCUCCAGCAUGCUAGCAUAUUCCCAAGACUGCACUUCACAAUUUUCCUGUCUUUGGUGCGGCGUGGCUGGUACGCACAGCAGGUGCAGAAAUCUUGGUGCGAAGCUGGGCGGACGUGUCAGUCACCACAGGUGUCCUCCCGGGCGCCUCUGCCCAGCUAAUACCCGCAACCCAGAGGUGGUCGCCGCAGGUUAGCUUGUUUUUGAACUUCAUAAGAUAGUACUUGUUGCCAUGCGUAGCGUAAAUUCAUUCUUUUUCUUUCAUUGCUCUGUAGUGUGUGUGUGAAUGUCAGUUUAUACAUCCCCCCUUUAAUGGACAUUGAAUCAUUUCCAGUCAGAGCUGGCCAUUUUAAAUAGUGCUGCCGAGAACAUCCUCACCAUUUUCCUUGGGCAUGUGCCCAGGAUUGGAUGCCGGCACGGUGUAUUUCUGGUUGGCUUUAGUCAAUAUUGCCCGCUUCUCCUACCAGCAGUGUGAGUUUCAAUUGUCCAGCUGUUAACACUAUUAUCAGUCCUCGUCAUUUUAGCCCAUCUGGUUGAGAGUUCACAAGUUUUGAUAUUUAAGUGUGAAGUUGAAAAAUAGUAUUUAAUAAAUAUAGAUGACUUAAAAUGUGUGUAUUAUGUUGAAUAUAUGCAGUUACACUUUGAUAAAGGAUCAUUUUCUCUAAUUCAGUGUAACAAAUUAUGCACAGUUACACAUUUUUGAGCCAAAAUUGACAAGGUUCUGGGGCUACGAAGUAAAUACGACAGUCCAUGUCCUCAAGUAGCUUUGCAGUCUAUGUGGGGAGGGAGACAAAAGCAGAUUAAUUUCAGUAUAAAAUGCCAUCACAGGUUUCUGCUAGGUGCUGUGGCAACUUAAGGAUGCCAGGAUGGCAUAAGGCUUCAGGGGAUGUUCCUUGGAGAAGGUGACAUCCGAGCUGCUCCAGGGCGAGUCACGUUGGCCUGGUAAGAAAGAAAGGGCCUUGCAAAGAGAAGGAACACAGAACAUGCAAGGAGAUAGGCCUGCCCACUCUGUUCCAGCUGAGCUGUUCCAGAGGAACAGGAUAAAUUGUGAGGGGUCAAGUGGCAGACAGGACAGAUCUACCUGGCUGAGUAGAAUUUUGAGGGCACAGACCCUAUCUUAUGUCCAGUUUGUGGUCCCUGGUAACACACCUGUUGGUUCAGGUGGGGGUGGCCCACUAGGGACGGGACAGGUGUGUAAACCAGUCGUCUGAGGAGCUGGAUGGAUUCUCGGGGGCAACACAGGAAGAAAGGCAGUGGCAGGGCUGGGGAGAGGGUGGGCUGGAGAAAUACUUAGGUGGGAAAUGACGGUCAGUUUUAAGGGAUAGUGGAAACGUGAGCUGAAGGGAAAAUUGAAGUUAAAAUUGUAAUUAAGCCUUCACUUUAAUCUGCUAAAAUCUGUUGAGAAAACUUGCUCACUAAGGAUUCCCUUACUCAAAUCUGAGUUGGUUAUUAUGUCAACAAAAUAUUUUAUUCUGUUGACUUAGGUUCUUCCAUUUUAAAGCAGACUUCCUACCCUUUAACAGCUGGUGAUUCUGGGUCCACCUUCAAAUGCUGUCGCCUGUCAUUUGGGGUAGACAGGGAAGUAGACUUUAUUUCGAACUUUUAAAGUCAAGGUUAUAUGUUAUCUAGCAAAACUAACACUAAAUUUAGUGUUUUGUCUUGAUGACAAAAAACUUCUUACUGUUCCACUGUUCCAAACUCUGAGACUGUAUUUUUUCGCAAAGCAAGACAGGAUUUUUAAGAAAAUUAGAAUGUCAAAGUGAAACAGCUGCUGUAUGCUGGCAAACCCGGUGCCAGCUGUGACCCUGACGCACACUCAGUAUCUCAUCGGGCCGCUGGCAGAACAGCUAAACUCGUCGCUGGUUCAUCUUUCGUGAGAGGCAAUGGUUUGCUGUUCUGUGCCUCCAUUGUUGCCCUGUGAGGCUGUCGCUGUGCUUGCGGACUAGAAAUGAAGCCAGGUGUCCGGUCAUUCCAGAUGAAGUUGCCUAGG